AUGGAUUCAUCGUGGCAGCAGCAGUCUUACAACGACUCGGCCAGCGCCUCGCGACGGCACAACGGCGGCGGCCAGAUGCCUCGAGAUUACGCCGGUCAACAGCCGCCUGCCUCCGCGGGCUAUGCUUACGAUCACCCCCAGCAUCAGCAUCAGCAUCAACAUCAGCAUCACGGCGGUGCUCCCGUGCUCCCCAUUGUCCAUCCUGCCGGCCAUUCCGUCGUCCUCCACGGCGCCAAUCCAGCCAUCUCCCCCCUCUUGCAAGCUGGCCCUGCUCCACGCGACGGCAAUGGCGAUGUUGCCAUGCACGAUGCUCAAGAUGCCCAUGCCGGCAUCAAAUACCCCUUGAGGCCUCACCACCAGCCUCAUCACUCUGGUGGACGCUCCUCCACCCUGCAAUCGCCGCACGAGCAACAGCCGUCAUCCGCCGCCCAGCGCUACUCUCCCAUGGACACCCUGGCAACCACGUCGCCCUACGCCCACAAAACCAGUCAGUUCGCCAACCCCCCGCCUCAAACCCAAACCCCGAACGCGCAGCCAGAGUAUCCGCAGAGCCCCUACUAUGCUGGGCGAUCGGCCUGCCAGAACUUGCCGCCCAUCAUGCCUUUCAACUCCCCCCAGGACAGUUACUCUUCAUCCGGCUUGGCAAGCUUCGACGGUGCCUCCUUUCCCAACGGACCCAAAUCCCCUCGACGGCAGAACCCCCCGCCGCAAAAGUCUGUUCCCGAGUUCCGCAAGGUGCGAGCUUUGACCGAGCUGCGGCCCAAAGUUAACCGGCAGCCGCCCUUCCGACGAGCUAAUCCCGAGGGAGGCUUCAUCAGUCCUCUGCAAGCUCUUACAUCUCACCUGCCAGCAACGUAUCGUAUCUGUAACCCUAGCUUCAAAUACGAGACCUCGCGAAACCCUCGUCGAGUUUUGACGAAGCCGAGCAAGGGAGUCAAGAAUGAUGGCUACGACAAUGAGGAUAGCGAUUACAUACUUUAUGUCAACGAUAUACUGGGAUCGGAAGAGGCUGGUCACAAAAAUCGUUACCUUAUUUUAGAUGUCCUUGGCCAAGGGACGUUUGGUCAGGUCGUCAAGUGCCAGAAUCUGAAAACGCAAGAAGUUGUUGCCGUCAAAGUCAUCAAGAAUCGCACGGCUUACUUCAACCAGAGCAUGAUGGAAGUAUCUGUCCUUGACCUGCUAAACACGAAACUCGACAAAAAUGACGAUCAUCACUUACUGCGACUCAAAGAUACAUUCAUUCACAGACAACAUCUUUGCCUGGUAUUCGAAUUGCUGAGCGUCAACUUGUACGAGCUUAUCAAACAAAACCAGUUCCGGGGAUUGAGCACUACUCUUGUACGAGUCUUUGCCCAGCAGCUUCUCAACGGCCUCGCGCUCUUGAACAAGGCUCGGCUGAUCCAUUGUGAUCUGAAACCUGAAAACAUCCUGCUCAAGAACUUGGAAAGCCCAAUCAUCAAGAUUAUAGAUUUUGGAUCAGCUUGCGACGAACGUCAAACAGUUUAUACUUACAUCCAGUCAAGAUUCUACCGUUCGCCAGAAGUCUUGCUAGGAUUGCCAUACUCCUCCGCCAUCGACAUGUGGUCUUUGGGCUGCAUCGUGGUCGAGCUGUUUCUUGGAUUGCCCUUGUUCCCAGGUUCGUCGGAAUACAAUCAAGUGUCUCGUAUUGUCGAGAUGCUCGGCAACCCCCAAAACUGGAUGAUCGAAAUGGGCAAACAAGCGGGAGAGUUCUUUGAGAAACGUCAAGACGAGUUUGGCAGACGAACAUACCACUUGAAGAGUAUGGAGCAGUACGCGCGAGAGCAUAAUACGAAAGAGCAGCCAAGCAAGAAGUACUUUCAGCAAAGCACGCUGCCCGACAUUAUAAAGUCGUAUCCCAUGCCGCGCAAAAACAUGAAGCAGAGCGAGAUUGACCGAGAGAUGAACAACCGCAUUGCCUUCAUAGACUUUGUGCGUGGUCUGUUAACCAUCAAUCCUCUUGAGAGAUGGUCGCCACAACAAGCGAAGCUGCAUCCGUUCAUCACCCAGCAGAAAUAUGCGGGACCUUUUGUUCCUCCCAUGAACUUGAAAGCAAGUUCCCUAAACAGGUCACCGGCUCCAGGAACCCAGCAGCAGCAGCAAGCCGAGGCCCUGAGCAAGCAACGUGCGCAAGCAGCCCAGGCUCAGGCCAAUUCUGCGGCUGCUCAUUCGGCGGCCCAGGGAGCCUACCCGAACAUGGCUGCUGCUGGCCAGUAUCCCGCGCAGCCAGGACACGUUCAGCCUCCCAUUUACGGCAACACUCCCGUCUAUUCUCCUGCUGGAAAUUCCGGCAGCAUAGCACCAUCGUACGGACCCCAGGCAGGUCAGUACGGACAAAUGGUCAUGAGCCAGGCCCCGCAGCCGAUCGCCUCUGGCCAGUACGGAAGCGUGGCUCAGUCAAACAUGUACCAGCAGGGCAGCAUGAGAGCCAGCAGACAGAGGGCCUCGACCAUGGAACAGCAGCAGAGCGGCAUCCCCGCCGCCAUCCAGCGAGUAGCAAGUCAUCUCGACCCUAACCAGCCCAUUCGCCUCCAGCCUAGCCCGGCUUACUACCCUCCGCCCGAGGGAAUGGUCGGGAUGGACAAUACGCCAGGUCGAGCUGGGCGGAGGGGAAGCCGAGCGCAGCCAGCCGGUAGAGGCAACAGAGACUUUAUACGCAACCUCGAGGAACGAACUUUGGAAGAGGGAUUCAUGGGAAAUCAGAACUCGUGGCGUUGA